GUUUUCCAACGUCACGUGACGUAAAGAAACAUGGCGGGCAUUGAUAAAUUUAUUUUUUGGAUUGUUUUGAUAUUUGUUUCAAUCAGUAUAGGUAGAGGAAACGAGCCUACUCAUGGGUCGUCAUCCCAAUGUGACGCAAGCAAAGAUCCGCUAAUCCCUACCGCCCCUGAUGACACAUGUGAAUGGAUGGGAGACAUUGAUACAUGUGAAAAGACACAGCAAUGCCCGAAAGGAUUUCAAGGAGAUGAUUGUGAUAAACCCUGCGAGUUCGGCUCGUGGGGUUCUCGCUGUUCGUUUCCCUGUGGUCAGUGUAAAGAGGGCGACGUGUGUAACAACGUCAACGGCCUCUGCCCCUCGGGUUGCGCUGAUGGCUGGAUUGGAAAAUAUUGCAAUAAAGUGUGUGACAGCGGCAUGUGGGGCAGUGGCUGUAAAACACCAUGUGGUCACUGUGCGUCUAGUGACGUAUGUGACCCCACAUCAGGAAAGUGUCCAGGGAAGUGCUCAAAUGGCUGGGUUGGAAAAAACUGCAACACAAAAUGUAUUCAUGGUCUGUGGGGUGAAGAUUGCACAGUUAUGUGCGGGAUGUGCAAAAAAACCUGCAGCCAUGUUAACGGGGUGUGCGAGGGAGGUUGUCACAGAGGGUUUUAUGGCGACCGCUGUCAGUAUGCGUGUGAAACUGGAACCUACGGUGUAAACUGCGAAGGCCGCUGUGCGAAUUGUCGUCACAGACAGUGUAACAACGUUCUUGGAAACUGUAUCAUUGGCUGCAACAAGGGUUGGACGGGAAUCAAGUGUGACAAGCGGUCGUAGGUGGACGCCUGAGAAGUAACCUGCAGAAAGAAAGACGCCACCACAUGCACUCACAACUGAGAUCCAGAAAUGAUCUUACACAAUUCGGGACAUUAAUUUGUUCACAUGUAAUUUUUAUUCCAACAUUAUUAACAUUUUGAUGCAGCAGACCUUCAGAAAGAAAGACGCCAACACAUGCACUCAGAACUGAGACCCAGAAAUGAUCUUACACAAUUCACGGACAUUUUAUCAUAUUGGUCAUACUCAUCAAACGUUUUUAGACAUUAUUUUGUUCAAUGUAAUUUUUAUUACAAUUAUGACAAGUUGCCUUUAUUUGUUCUCAAUUAGUCAAUUGCUGUAAUAACGUGUAUAAAAAUUACAUAUUUAGUCGUUCAACAUAAA